GGCGGAUUUUGGUCGGUUAAGAGCUGACCAAGGGUCGCUUGUGAAAGACGUAAUCAUACCUUAUUGUUAUAGGAUUGAUGCUUAUGAAGGAGACCUUGGAGUUAAGCAGAGGAACAAUUUGUUGUUCUUCAUCGGAAACCGAUAUCGCAAAGAUUGUUCUUGUUUAUGGAUUGGAAUUGAAUAUAAAAUGUGUUAAAGUUAGAGAGAUUCUCGAAAUACUGGGAGGCAGAGUCCGAGAUUUGCUUUUCAAGCUUCUUGAGAACGAAGAGGAUGUUGUGAUCAAACACGGAACACAAUCAAGAGAGAAUAGGCGUGCAGCUAAACAAGGAAUGCAUACGUCUAAGUUUUGUCUACAUUCAGCUGGUGAUGCUCAUUCAGCUUGCAUAUUAUUUGAUGCCAUUGCCAGUUUAUGUGUCCCGGUGAUUGUAAGCGAUAGCAUUGAGCUACCUGUUGAAGAUGUUAUAGAUUACAGAAAGUUUUCUAUAUUCUUGAGGAGAGAUGCAGCUUUGAAACCGGGGUUUGUGGUUAAGAAGCUAAGAAAAGUGAAACCAGAAAAGAUUUUGAAGUACCAAAAGACGAUGAAAGAGGUUAGGCGAUAUUUUGACUAUACGCAUCCAAAUGGAAGUGUGAAUGAGAUCUGGAGACAAGUUACCAAGAAGGUACCACUAAUCAAACUGAUGAUUAAUCGGGAGAAGCGCAUGAUCAAGAGAGAAGGAAGUGACCCUCAAUGUUCUUGUUUAUGCUCAAACCAAACCGGGAUCAUCCAUGGUGUUUAGUAAGGUUAAAAGCAUAUGGGAAAACUGAAUGUGUGCCUAUCAAUAAAGAAUCAAGAACCAA